AUGGUCACUUUCCAAGCGGGCCUCGUUUCUUUUCUCUUUGCCCUCCAGGCAGUAGCUGACCAAAUACCACUUGGGUCGGCAGUCCGCAACAAAUGGACUUUGGACGCAAUCAAGCCUCACACCGACCCAGAGUCCGGCCGCGUCAAGUGUUGCCCGGAAGGGACCUUAUUCGAUGGCAACUCUUGCGUCCUUGGCGUUCCAAGAUGCCCAGACGGCACAAAACUGAGAGGUAGCCACUGCAUCUCUAUCACUGGCCCCGUCUGCCGGGAUGGUGAGACCUUCAAUGGGCUUGUUUGCAUCACGAGCACUCCACCAUCUUGCCCUUCCCCGUCGAUCCUGAAAGACAAAGCUUGUGUUUUGGAAAUUCCACCAAAAUGUCCUUCUGGCACAGAGUUGACCGGCAAAAUCUGCAUCUCGACCAAGUUGCCCAUCUGCGGCAAUGGCGAUCGGUUUAACGGCAAAGGUUGCGUCAGUUCCACCCCACCAGUAUGUCCUGACGGCACGAAUCUUUCCGAUGGAGUAUGCAUCAGUAUCGUACCACCCAGUUGUCCCGCCGGCAGUGAAUACGACGAGGUCAACAACGUUUGCAGCCAUCGUGAGCCUCCUCAAUGUCCAGUGGGCACUUUCUCCAAAGGAGGCAACUGCAUCACUGAUGGUGGCCCCGAAUGCCCAAUCGGAACAAGGUUCAGCGUUAAGAGAAACACCUGCAUCAUGAAGACACCGCCAUCGUGUCCCCCUGGCGAUACCCUAGAAGACACGAAAUGUGUUUCCCAAGACAAACCUGCCUGCUCACCUGGGACGGAGUUGUCUGCCGACCAGGCUUCAGGCACUUCACGGUGUUGCCCACCUCCCCUAAGGUGGGACGGAGACAUCUGCUCAUACAAAGUCCCUCCUGAAGGAUGCCCGCCAGGAACGAAACAGGUCGGCAACAGAUGCACGGCUAUCACGGUCUUUCCCCCAUCAUGUCCUCCCGGAUUCAAGCUGGACUGCGCCCGAUGCAUCUCUAUAACACCGCCGGGAUGUCCUCCUGGCUCAGCUCGCGAUGGAACCACUUGUAUCUCCGUAGAGCCACCCAUCUGCCCUGAUGGCACGACACUAUCCAACGGGAACUGCGUCCACAAGGGCGAAGCUGUCUGCCCCGAGGAAACUCACGUCCAGGGUGACGAGUGUAUCAGCAUUCAGCCACCCUCUUGCCCCUCUGGAACCACCUUUAAUGGAAGAGACUGCGCUGUCAGUGGACGGCCAGAAUGUGAAGACGGCAGCCACUUCGACGGUGCUGACUGUACCCGAGUAGGGGGUCCCCCUCCAAGCUGCCCUGAAAACACCAUCUACGACGGUUCACGCUGCGUAUCAAUCACUCCGCCUACAUGUCCCAAGGGGUCGUCUCUGAGCGACGGAGCAUGUGUCACCGGGCAAAGCCCGGUCUGCCCCGAGGAUACGACGCUUGUUGGCGGCGAGUGUAUCAGAGGCCCGCCUACCUGUCCAAAAGGCCUCAUCUUGAAAGGUACCACCUGCGUCACCAUCGACCCGCCGGAUUGCCCGCCCAGUCACCAGUGGCGUGGCGGACGAUGCCAGGAUACCGAGGAGAAGGCCUGCCCUCCUGGAUACAUCCUCAGUGGGGAGGAGUGUAUUUCCGAUGAGACACCAGAGUGUGACUUGGGCACUCAUUUCAACGGAACCGUCUGCGUCGGUGACACUCCGAGCUGUGAGCCUGGAACAGAGUUUGACGGAGAGCGGUGUGCGGCCACCGUGGAACCUAGUUGCCCUCCGGGCACUCACUUCAACGGCAAGAUUUGCGAAUCUGAGCAGGAACCUGUCUGUCCCACCAACACUACAUGGGAUGCUGAUUCCAAGGAAUGCGUGGGUCAGACCUUGCCGCAAUGUCCCGAAGGCCAGAGAUUCAACGGGGAGCAUUGCACUUUGUCAUCGGGAGACUGCAUGGAGUUUGAGUACUGCCCUCCGGGAAUCAAUCGUGGUUUUCUCACACCUGAUUGUGGGAGCUCUUAUCCCAGGUGCCAGUAG